AUGGGCUGGAGAGGGACAGGGGCAGGAGGCGAAGAGACGCCCUGGCACCCCACGAGGGGCUGGGACCUCGCGGUGCCUCCAAACCCCGCUCCAGCCCUGCUGCUGUCCGGCUCUCUGGGGGCCCUGGGCCUCGCCACCGUGGGCGGUUUUUUUUUGGGGCCCCCCCCCUUCCACUCUGGGGUCUGGCGGCAGUUCCCUGUGUCUCCUGGCUCCAGCAACGUUGUGCAGCCCAGAAGCUGCUGUGGUGCCUUCAAGGCAGAGGUGCAGAAGCUGUCCAGCCUGGUGCUGCCGUCGGAAGUGAUCAUCGCCCAGAGCUCCAUCCCCGGCGAAGGGCUCGGCAUCUUCUCCAAGACCUGGAUCAAAGCCGGCACCGAGAUGGGACCGUUCACGGGCAGGGUCAUCUCGCCGGAGCAUGUGGACCUGUGCAAGAACAACAACCUCAUGUGGGAGGUCUUCAAUGAAGAUGGCACGGUGCGGUACUUCAUCGAUGCCAGCCAGGAGGACCACCGCAGCUGGAUGACCUACAUCAAAUGUGCCCGGAACGAGCAGGAGCAGAACCUGGAGGUGGUCCAGAUCGGGAACAGCAUCUUCUACAAGGCCAUUGAGAUGAUUCCUCCGGACCAAGAGCUGCUGGUCUGGUACGGGAACUCCCAUAACACCUUCCUGGGCAUCCCAGGUGUGCCGGGGCUGGAAGAGGAGCAGAAGAAGAACAAACAUGGUAGGUAACAGCGGAAACAGCCAUGGGUGCAGCAUCCCUGCCUGUUCUCUAUUCACCCCGUCCCCAGCUCUGAGGCCAUGGGGUAGGCACAGGGCAGGGAC